AUGGGGGAGCGCGGCCGGCACGGCUGCUGGGCGCCAGUGUCCCUGAGGUUGUCGUGGAUGCCCACCACCACCACCACCACCACCACCACCAGCCACGACGCGGGUCGAGGACAAGUCGACGUCGAAAAUGUCAUGUUUCGUCGACUCAGCGAGGCGAGGAAGAUCGGCCGUCCCUUCCCUGUCGUUUCAGAGUUGCUCUGGGUUUGGUAG